CCGUGGUCGUAUAAACGUAUUGCAUUCAAAACCCCGCAACGUCAAUGCAAUUUGACAUGUUUACAAGCAUCGUAGUGUGUUUGUGUGUGUGUUUUAUUCUGCACCUCUUCCUAGAACAACAUCGCGCAUCGUCAGCUGGAAAGUGUGGAAGGGAAAACAAUACCACAGCAUUGUGUACAUCAUAAAGAACUUACUGAUGCGGGCUUCCAAUUAGCAACGACGGCCACAUCAUGUAUCGCUGGUGAUUGGUGAUAUUCGAACGUGUGUAUUGGUGCAAAAGAAAUUCAAGCAUUCCCGCAGAAUGUAGAAUCGAUUCCACACUGAUUGCGGCAAACAAUCCUUCGUGGCCAAGUGUUAAAAAAACAAAGAAAAUCAAUCAGCCCACGUAGCCAACGAAAGCAAAACACAAACGGGCACACGUACGCGCACACCACACUAAUCGAGACGUCGUUUGGGAAGAGAGCAGCUCUCUUUCUGAUUACGUACACACAAUUGAAUGCAAAGGGCCCGCAUACCGUCCACCGGACGACAACAAAGGAUGAGUUCGACCUACCCGAAUGCACCGAUCGGUGUUCGCGUAAUAAGCUACCUGUCGGCCAAAUUAUGUCCCCGCUUCCAGGUCAACCGUGUCCUGUGGUUCAAAUGUUCCGUCCUUGGGUUGACCUAUAUCGCUUACACCUGUUACCACAUGACGCGGAAACCGAUCUCGGUCGUAAAAUCGGUACUGCACCGAAACUGUUCGACAGUAACGCUUCCACCGGAAUUUGUGACCCCGGCGGGUGGAAACGACCCGACCGCACCGUCCCCACUUCCAACCGAUGGUACCUGGUGUGAUUAUGCCCCAUUCGAUCAGCCAGACUUUAACUCGCUGCUCGGGGCGCUAGAUUCAGCGUUUCUGUUCAGCUACGCAAUUGCCAUGUUUUUUGCCGGUUUUAUCGCUGAGCGUGUUUCGCUGCGCUACUUCCUGGCCCUCGGGAUGGCCUUUUCCGGUGUGUUUUGCUAUCUGUUCGGUAUGGCAAAAGUGUACGAUAUACACGCGCUCUGGUACUUUAUCGCCGUCCAGGCACUGGCAGGAAUGUUCCAAACGACCGGCUGGCCCGGUGUCGUCACGAUCGUCGGCCGAUGGUUUGGCAAAUCAAAGCGUGGCCUCAUCUUUGGCAUCUGGAACAGUCACACGUCGAUCGGGAAUGUGCUCGGUACGCUGAUAGCGGCACACUACGUCGAACGCGACUGGUCGAUGUCGUUCGUGGUGCCCGGCUUUCUGAUGGGUUUGUGUGGAUUCGUAAUGUUUCUGUUUCUGGUCGAGCGGCCAGAAAUUGUCGACUGUCAGGAGAAGGUGGCCGACUAUGCGCACCAGCAGCGUGGAUCGUCCGCCGGUUCGAGUAACCGUCGGUUAGACGAAUCCGUGAGUGAUGACGAGUACGUCGGAAAUACGGAACAGGAUAAUGCUUCAACGAGAAGCUUACGUGGCAGUUAUUAUUCUGAAAUAAACGAACGCACCCCGAUCAUAGGAAGUAUCAAUCGAGCGCCAUCGCAUCAGGAUGCGAUCGGAUUCUUCGGUGCACUGCGCAUUCCCGGUGUGGUCGAAUUUUCCCUCAGUCUCUUCUUUUCCAAGCUCGUCAGCUACACAUUCCUUUUCUGGCUACCAUUCUACAUACAACAUUCUACUUCGAUGGGUGCUAAGCUGUCCGCGGACGUAUCGACCGUGUUCGAUAUUGGUGGCAUUGUCGGUGCGAUCGCGGCCGGUAUGCUUUCCGAUGCUAGCUCCAUGCCUGCCACAACGUGCACCGGAAUGCUCGCGAUCGCUGCACCGCUGCUACUUAUCUAUCGGUGCUGGGGAAGUGUAUCGCUUUCGGUGAACAUUCUGCUACUGUUCAUCGUGGGCGUUACGGUGAAUGGACCGUACGCACUCAUUACCACCUCCGUCAGUGCCGAGCUGGGACAGCACAGUUCGUUGAAUGGAAAUUCGAAAGCACUCGCCACGGUAACGGCCAUCAUCGAUGGUACCGGAUCGAUCGGGGCCGCCAUUGGACCACUGCUUGCGGGCAUGGUAUCCGGAUGGAGUAACGUCUUCUACAUGCUGGUGAUAUCGGACGUGCUAGCGCUCGUGAUGCUGCUGCGCAUUAGCAGCAAAGAGUGCUCACGGCGCAACAUUAACCGAAGAUAUAACGUUCGCAUUGAGUAAUUGAGAGGAAGAAAGAAGGAAAAAGAAACACGCACAAAAACAUCAACGGCGUUGCGGUGUGUUUGUACAUUUUUACGUCAACUCUCGUUAUCGGAUCUGAGAUGAACGGAUUGGGGGGGGGCGUAGUGUCGGUUUUAUCAUUAACCUUUUUUUAAUAAGUCAAGUAAGGCUAAUUACGUUUAUUCCGCAAAUAAAAGCUCUUUACCGGUGGUCUCAUCUUACACAACCAA